AUGGCGGCGGAGGAACCUCAGCAGCAGAAGCAGGAGCCGCUUGGCAGCGACUCCGAAGGUGUUAACUGUCUUGCUUAUGAUGAAGCCAUCAUGGCUCAGCAGGACCGAAUUCAGCAAGAGAUUGCUGUGCAGAACCCGCUGGUCUCAGAGCGGUUGGAGCUCUCUGUCCUCUACAAAGAGUAUGCUGAGGAUGACAACAUCUAUCAACAGAAGAUCAAGGACCUCCACAAAAAGUACUCAUACAUCCGCAAGACCAGGCCUGAUGGAAACUGCUUCUAUCGCGCUUUCGGAUUCUCCCACUUGGAGGCGUUGCUGGACGACAGCAAGGAACUGCAGCGGUUCAAGGCUGUGUCUGCCAAGAGCAAAGAGGACCUGGUGUCCCAAGGCUUCACUGAGUUCACAAUUGAGGAUUUCCACAACACGUUCAUGGACCUGAUCGAGCAGGUGGAGAAGCAGACCUCCGUGGCCGACCUGCUGGCCUCCUUCAAUGACCAGAGCACCUCGGACUACCUGGUGGUCUACCUUCGGCUGCUCACCUCAGGCUACCUGCAGCGCGAGAGCAAGUUCUUCGAGCACUUCAUCGAGGGGGGGCGGACCGUCAAGGAGUUCUGCCAGCAGGAGGUGGAGCCCAUGUGCAAGGAGAGCGACCACAUCCACAUCAUCGCGCUGGCCCAGGCGCUCAGCGUCUCCAUCCAGGUGGAGUACAUGGACCGUGGCGAGGGCGGCACCACCAACCCCCACAUCUUCCCUGAGGGCUCCGAGCCCAAGGUCUACCUUCUCUACCGGCCUGGACACUACGACAUCCUCUACAAAUAG